AUGAGUGGCGAGGAGGAGGUGAAGCCCGCGGACUCUGCAUCUGCCACCGGAGACGAUGCCGUCGAGAUGUCGGAGGCUGCCGAGGCAGCACCGCCACGGUCCAAGGACGAGGACGAAGGUUCCUCAGCCACCGGGUCCGUAGCGCGGAGACCCCGCCGCCGCGAAGCCUGGACGGGUGAGGCUUGGGCCCUGGACGAUGGCCUCGUGCUGAACAUGCCUCUGUUCAAGGGCUGCAGCAUCGAGUUCAAGCGGCUGUUGCUCAGAGCGAUCCGAGAGUGGGAGUACCACGAUGCCGGAAAGGAGACGUGGUACGAUCCCGACUAUGAUGAGAUUUGCACGCUGGAGAAGCUGCCCAAAGACCGGCUGCCUCCGCUGCAUCGGCCGUUUAUCGGCAUGAAGUUGGACCCCGGGGAGUACAUCUGCCGGGGCGGCGACUACGACGACAAGUUGGUUGUGAUCAUCAAGGGCACCGUCGAGAAGCUUGUAGGCGAUGCGCCGCAGGGAGGCCUUUGCAUCGUGCGAGUCCUGAAACGCGGCGACUGCGAGGGCAUCACGGAGUUCUUGGGCGUCGGCUCGGAACAGCGCACCUGCGCCCUGCGUGCGGGGCCCGAGGGCGCCCGCGUGCGCUUUGUAGGGCGCCAGGCUCUGACGGAGCUGCUGCAAGAGAAGGUGCUCGACGAGGAAGCGGAGCAGCCCGAGGACCCCGAGGACGAGCCGAUCACGAGACCUCGCUGGAGGAAGGAGGUGGCCUACUUCAACGAGCUGUCCUUAGACCGCAUCGAUUCACUGAACCACAAGGAAGCACGGAAUCUGCUGACGUGGAACCCUGGACCAGUGGAUGGCCCAGACACGCCGCUCGACUUCCUCCAGCUCGGUGGCCAGUCGGUGUUCAUGGUGGACAACGCGCUGGGCACCUCUGUGUCCGGCCCACUGCCGGAAGGCAUCGAGGAGAGGUAUUACUUUGAUGGGCAGACAAUCCUUAAGCCUGGCGUGAUGGGAGACUCGGCGAUCCUGAUUCUCCGUGGCGAGGUCGAGGCACUGGUCCCGGAGGGAUGCGCAGGCAACUGCUUGCACCGGGCUUGGGAGCCCGAGGGCGAAGGCUGGCUAGGCGAUGGCCGUGACCUUCGCUGUGGGGAGGAGGCGACGGCGCCGAUGGUGGCCCGGCUCCCGAAGGCGGAGCUCCCGGAGCUUGACGCCGACCAGGAGAAAGUGAGAAGAUAUUUGAUGGAACAGCCAGACCGCACCGCCGAGCAGGAGGUGAUCAUGGUGUCUUUGGUGAUGCCGCAGAACAUCAAACGUGCCAUUGCCCAUUUGCGCAAAGCAGCGGAGGAAGGCCGGCUGGACUUGAGCGGAAUGAAGACGUCCGACUGGCGGUGGCUCUGGGGAGACCCCGAUUGUCUUGUGGUCUUCGAUGUGCUGGAAAAGGCGAAGCUUUUAAGUCCUCAUGGCCUCGAAGUUGCCGAGCAGGUUCGGUUCUUUCUGAACCCUCCACAGGAGGAACCGCCACCAGAGCCACAGGCUGUACUGGGCCCUGGUAUGCAGAUCGGUCGCCUGGCGCUCCUGGGUGUGCCGAUCGUCCUCUCGGGCGUGCUGAGAGCCAAAGGCCCUGUGUUGCUGGCCAUUUUGCACCGCUCCGUGCUGCUGCAAGCACUUGGCAACUGUGAGGAGAAGGCCCUCUUCCUGCCACGUGGCCUGACGAUCCACGAUCGGCUGGAUGUCUUGAAGGCGCUCCCCUCCACGAAGAACGAGGUCAAGGACCGGCCCUCGCACCUGGGCCCAAUCACGGGCCCGCCGGCGCACAAGGACCGGCACAAUGCGGCGGAGGCAGCCGCCGGGACCUUCGCGGGCUGGCUGUCCGGCCGCUAUAGGCACGUGCCUGGGGCCGAUGCCUUCGAGCACGUGCUGAUGAGCGCCCUGAAGAGUUACUCUGUGAUCUGGGACUUGGUGCACGAUGCCCCGCCGCGGCUGCUGGAUCAGCUCGUUCGGGCUUGGGAGCCUCGCUGGCUGCUGCCUGGCGAGACCAUCGUGGCGGACGAGGAGCCGGAUGCUGACUUCGUCUUCGUUCUCGUGCAUGGCUCCUGCGUGGUCCUGUUGGAGGACCGCGAGAUCGAAAACGUUGGACAAGGCUCUGUGCAGGGAGCUGCUCAGCUCUUGGCCUUGAACGGUUGGACACGAACUGUGCAGGUGUCUCCGACCUGCAAUGGGGAGGCCAUGAUCCAGGUCCUGAGAAGAACGAAGCUCAUGGACAUGCUGGACGGUCAUCCAUUGCCCAAAACACGACUGCGGGCGUUGGAGCAAUCUCUCGAGGAAGGCAAAGAGGCCGACUGGCGGAUCUUGAAGAACAUCCCGGCCUUCUGUAGCUGUGCCUACCAGCCCUUCCUGGCAAGACUCCACAAGGAUGCAGACAUUCGGCUCUUCUGCGUGGGUGACAUGGUGGCCUUCGCGGGUGACGACUCGGCAGCAAUGAUGGUCGUGCUGGCCGGCACUGUGCGGUGUGAGCAGCCGCAAACCCUGUUCUUCGUCGAGCUUCGUCGUGGGGAGUGGUGCUACCAAGAUAACAUCCUUGGCAACACGCCCAUCUUCGGCCACGACGCCGUGGCCGUGACAAACGUCCUGGUGCUCGUCCUCUACCGGCAUGCCAUGCAGAAUGCAAUGGUGGCCUAUCCGGAAACACGGAAGGUGGUCAUCGCGAACGAGACGUGGAGGAAGCAAACCGACUGCCCGGAGCCAUCAGCCCUGCCCGUCUUUGCCAAGCUCCCUGCAUCGCUGCUGGCAGACAUCGUUGAGGAGGCGAAGCCGGUCUACUACCGGCCCUGCUCCUUGCUCUACUCACCCGGCGAGUCCAUAGAGGAGGAAGCCAUGCUCUUCGUGGUGCGUGGUGAGUUGCAAGUGACCAUCAUGGGCAUCGAAGUUCGAAGGAUCGCAGCAGGGGGCUACGUGGGGCUUCACCACUUCAUGGGCCUGGACUGUUCCGCACCGAAUGUCACCAUCCGCUCCACGCUGGCUUGCGAUUGUCUGCUUCUGCAGCAGUCGACCAUCCAAAAGGCGCUGGAUGACGAACUAAUGGAGGAUGACAUGCUUCCGUACACAGCGGCGGUGCGGGUGCUCUCGGGUGGCGAGAUCCUGGAUGCCUUCGGCUUCCCGGUGGGCGACGGGAGUGCCAAGAAUGUGCCGGACUGCGUGGAGAAGAGCGAGGUCUUCCGCGCCUGCUCGCGCAGCUUCGUCUCGCAGGUAGCAGAGAUCGUAGAGGACCUUGCGUUCUGGCCCGGCGAGACGCUUUACUUGCAGUACGACGAGGGGAACUUCAUGUACUUCAUCCGCUCGGGACGGGUUCGUUUGGAGGUCCUUGGGCGAAAGGAGCACGAAGUCGUCGAGGCUGGGACCACCCUGGGUGACAUGGCCGUGUUGGACCAGGUGCCGCACUACGUGGAGUCGGCCUAUGCGGAGACUCAUGUUUGGGUCAGAGCGCUGAACAAGAAGCUUUUGCGGCGGUCUCUGAGCUCCUUCCCGGAAGAGGAACGCUGUAUGCUCGGCCAGGUCCAUGCGGCCAAUCCGGGCAUUUUCGGAUAA